GAACGCGUUUGUAUGGCUAACAAUUAAACAAUAUAAAAAUAAUUCAAGUGUGCGUUAUUGAAGAGUUUUGCAUUUGUCAAGGUGAUGCGCAGUAAUUAGACAAGGGAAAAAGCAAAUAUUUACUAAUUGUGUUUAAAAUGUUGAAUGGAAAACUAAAAUGUGUGACAACAAGUGUGCUGAGAAGAAAGACAGCGUUCCAUAGAGCAUUUAGCAGCUUAAACAUAAUAGGCUCUGGCGAUCAAAGCUAUAUACAUCACAUAGGCAAGGAGCCGCUAAUUUAUAGAAAUGUGGGACAGCAACUGCAGCUCACUGCCAGCCAAUACGGCAGCAACGAGGCCAUUGUCUCUUGCCAUGAGGACAAGCGCUAUACGUUUCAGAAUCUGCUAGUCGAAGUGGAUCGCGUGGCGGCGGGCUUGCGUAAGCUGGGAUUGCAGCGAGGUGAUGCAGUGGGGCUCUGGUCACCCAACUAUGUGCAUUGGUAUAUAUCGAUGUUGGGCGCAGCGCGCGCAGGACUUGUCUCCGUGGGCAUCAAUCCAGCUUAUCAAAAUUCCGAAAUGGAGUACUGUCUUAAGAAAGUGGACAUCAAGGCUAUUAUAGCACCCGAAUCAUUCAAAUCUACAAACUAUUAUGAAAUACUACGCGAUAUAUGUCCAGACAUUGCGCACGCAGAGCCAGGCAGGAUUAAGAGCGACAAGUUUCCACAUUUGCGCGCUGUUAUCAUCAACAAUGCAGCUAGCCAGGAGCGCUUGAAAGGAGCACUCAGCUUUAAUGAGCUGCUGGAUAUGGGCAGCGCCGAGGAGCAAGCGCAAAUAGGCAAACUGCAGCACACAAUUCAACCAGAGAGUCCUUGCAAUGUGCAAUUCACCUCGGGCACCACUGGCAAUCCCAAAGCAGCGCUGCUCUCCCACUUGAACUUUGUCAACAACGGAAUGCACGUGGCCAACCGCAAUGAGCUCGAGGGCGAACGCAUUUGCGUGCAAGUGCCAUUGUUCCAUGCCUUUGGCGUGGGCAUAACCAUUAUGGCGGCCAUGUGCAAAGGCGCCGCAAUGGUGCUGCCAGCCGCAGGAUUUGCGCCCGCUGACUCACUGCAAGCGAUUAGCAAGGAGCGCUGCACAGUUAUACACGGCACGCCCACCAUGUAUGUGGAUCUUAUUGCUGCGCAGCGUGAGCUGGCAGUACCGCUGGGCAAGAUUAAAAAGGCCAUUACGGGUGGAGCAACAGUGUCGCCGCAGCUUAUACUGGAUGUGAAGCAGGUUUUGGGCGUGGAACGCAUGCACAGCGUCUAUGGACUGACGGAGACGACGGCAGUGGUGUUUCAAUCGAUACCAGGCGAAGCGGAAGAUUGUGUCCUGGACAGCGUCGGGCAUGUGACCGAUCAUAUAGAGAUUAAGGUCGUCAACGAGCAGGGCCAUCUAGUGCCCUUUGGCCAGCCGGGUGAGCUUUGUGUGCGUGGCUAUUUAACCAUGCUGGGCUAUCAUGGUGAUGCGGAGAAGACAGAAGAGAUUUAUGGCUCAGACAAAUGGCUGCAUACGGGCGAUAAGUUUAUACUGGAUCGCAAUGGCUAUGGACGCAUUGUAGGCCGUAUCAAGGACAUGAUCAUACGCGGCGGUGAAAACAUAUUCCCCAAAGAGGUUGAAGACUUUCUCAACGGCCAUCCACAGGUGGUUGAAGCUCAUGUUAUUGGCGUGCCCGACGAGCGUUUGGGCGAGGAGCUCUGUGCCUUUGUGCGUCUGGAAGCUGGUGUCGAUCCCAAGACGUUCACUCGCGACUCCUUGAAGGCGUACAGCAAAGGCAAGAUCGCCCACUUCAAAGUGCCAUUCUAUGUGGUGCCUGUUGAUUCAUUCCCCAAAACCACAUCCGGCAAGGUCCAGAAGUUCAAGUUACUACCUCAAUACACCGACAAAAUCAACACUCAAGCACUUAAUGCUUAAAUCAACUUAGUUUUAUUGUAUUUUGUAUAAUAUUUGUAAGCUGAAAAUAUUUGUUUUAUAUUCGUUAAUUUAUAUAUAAACAAAUAUAUCUGCGUUGACUGCAGAACGAUUUUAAUGUAAAUACCAAUUUUAUGCUCAUAUUCCUACCAAUUGUAUGUAUUUUUGUUAUCCUGUGCAUCCAAUCUAUCGAUUGCCAAACCAGGAUAUCCAGGAUUGUAUCAAUAAAUUUUCCAGCAAGUUCGUUGCUUAA